AUGGUCAGUGCCAGAAGAUUGCCUCAUGUUGCUCCACGCCAAUUCAACAAUGAUACUGCUCUCUCUUCGUCUCUGCCUUCUUACCAGGCUUACAUCAAUGCCACUCGGAAUGACAACUCUCCUGUCGUCCUGCACAUUGACACCAAAGACACCAGCAAGCGCAAUGCUACUUCUCCCUAUCUGUAUGGUAUCAUGCAUGAGGAUAUCAACCAUUCCGGUGAUGGUGGUAUCUAUGCCGAGAUGAUCGCCAAUCGUGCCUUCCAAGGGUCCAACUCAAUUAUCUCCACCCUCGAUGGCUACGUUGGCACCUACGUAACUGAUUCUGAGAAUGAUGUCGUUCCGUUCGACCCUGUCAUGACUGCUUGGGCACCCAUUGGCCACGGAGUUCGCAUGACUCUUGAUAUCCUUCAUCCUCUUUCGGAUGCUCUUGAGACCUCUUUGCAGAUUGACUUCCCGUUGAACGCUACUGGCGAGGUCGGAUUCCAAAACUUUGGCUGGUGGGGUUUCGACAUUCACCCUCAGCAAUACAACACCUCGCUGUGGUAUCUAAACAACUACCCUCGUAACACCCAAGGCAAUGCCAGCGACAUCACUGUUUCUUUCCGCUCGAACGUUACGGGUGAGACAUGGGCAAGCUCGACUUUCAAAAACGUCACACCUACCUACAUCGAUUUCAAGCAGCUGGAGACCACUCUGCACCCCAAUGCAACUGCGCCUGAUGCCAACAACACUUUCGCCAUCACUUUUGAUGGUGCUCAGGUUGCUGGACAGACUUUCUACUUCAACCUGGUUUCGGUGUUCCCCGAAACUUUCAAGGGUUACCAGAAUGGUCUUCGUCCUGACAUCGCUCAAGGCUUCUAUGAUCUCAACCCGACCUUCUUGCGCUUCCCGGGUGGCAACAACCUCGAAGGCUAUAGUCCCGCUCAGAGGUGGAAGUGGUGGGAGACUUUGGGCCCUCUGCAGAAUCGCCCUGGUCGUGUUGGCGAUUGGAACUAUUACAACACUCAGGGUCUUGGUUUGCUCGAGUAUCUUGAAUGGACUGAAGCCAUGAACAUUGAACCUGUUCUCGCCGUCUAUGCCGGUUUCUCAUUGGAUGUCUAUGGUCAGAACGGUGCCUCAUACCCUCCCGAGCAGAUGCCCGAGAUCCUGCAAGAGGCUUUGGACGAGCUUGAGUACUGUAUGGGCGACAACUCGACCAAGUGGGGUGCUCAGCGUAUUGCUGACGGCCACCCCGAGCCCUUCAAGAUCAAUUUUGUUGAGAUUGGUAAUGAGGAUUGGUUCAGUGUCACUUACCCUUACCGCUUCCAGAUCAUGUAUGACGGUCUGAAGAAGGCAUACCCGAAUAUCACCUACAUCAGCACUGCCUUCAAUGAGAACGCCGCCAACUACAACAUCUCUAUCCCUGAUGGUAACAUGUGGGAUUGGCACGGUUACCAGGAGCCCAGUUGGUUCCUGGCCAACUUCGACUUGUGGGACAACUGGCAAGAGGAGACCAACAACACCGGCGUCACCGUCUUGUUGGGCGAGUACUCGGUCAUCCAGAUCGAUACCCCCUCCGGCAUUGUCAACUACUCCUAUCCCCUCGACGUCCAUGUCCAGUAUCCUCGUCUUCUUUCUGCCAUUGCAGAGGGUGUCUAUGCACUUGGUGCUGAGCGCAAUCCUAACACUGUUAGAAUGUCCUCUUAUGCACCUUCGCUCCAGAACCGUAACUUCACUAAUUGGACUCCCGAUAUGAUUUCUUACGAUGCUCUGCAUGACAACACCGUACUUAGUGCCAGCUACUGGCAGCAGUGGCUGUUCGCACACUACCGCGGUACCGAGACCUUACCUGUCACUGCCACUGAGGGUGAGAUUAACCCUCUGUAUUGGGCUGCCAGCAUAGACGAGGAGAAUAAUGCUAUCUACCUCAAGGUCAUCAACACCUUGAACUCUACCGUUCCGCUUAGCGUCAACAUUCCGAGCGCUUACUCAGGCGUCAACGGCACCAGUAUCACUGCCAGCGAUCUCAACUCUUACAACUAUGUUGGCAACAAGACAGAGGUUGUUCCUCGCCCUGCGGAGGUCGAGUCGACUGCUAGCUCCGCGAAUGGAUCUGCUUGGUCUUGGGAUGUACCCAAGUUCAGUAUCACUGUUCUCCAGUUUGAUCUGUGUUGA